AUGGAAAAUAAUGAAGGCCAAAGGUCGGGCUCACUGGAUUCUCUGAACAAACUCGUGAAUGAAGAUGGACGUAGUGGUCCUUCGCCCCCUUUAAGAGGGUGGAGGCCGGUGAGACCCCCGAACAUUCCUCCACAGAGACCACCUAGAACCAGACAUAUAACCUCUGUUGAGCACGAUGACGAAGCUGUUCGACGAGAAACUAAAAGAAAAACAUUCCCACUCAACUAUCGCCACCGACGACAUCCCGUACGUGGACGAAUCCCCCGAAAAAUUACCCCCAAAGAAGUCCCAUUCGGAUAAGGAGAACAUCCCGCAGGUGGCGGAGCUCUACAGAAACCCCAGCCUACAUAAGAACCAAACGAAGCCACCGUACAAAAAGGAGGAGAAAGAUUCAUCGGAGAAAGAAAAAGAGGAAGCAGAUGACGUACCUGAUAAUGAUAGGCAUAUCACGAAGCUGUCAGUAAUGGGCAGCAAUAAGUUGAACUCUCAGAGCGCGGCCGGUUCGAAACAGCUGAGAAGGUCAGAGAGCCUGAACAAGCCUGAGAGGACGUCACCCAUGAACAGUAAACUGAAGCGAUCGGAGAGUUUGAACAAGUCCGGAGAGAAGCUCAAGAGAUCGGAUAGUUUGUCCAAGACCGAGAAGACGGAAAGCAAUAUAAACAAGAGGCGGGAACUGGCCAUGUCGAACAAGAGAUUCAAGGACUCCACCAAGAACAAGAGGAAGAACGGCAUGCCUGAUCGGUCCAUCAAGCGCAGACACACUGUAGGAGGAACCAAGGACCCCGACAAGGUCACGUGGCUCAUGGACAAUAAAAACCAAGAGGAAGCCACGGCAGAAUCGGAAAAAGAGAAGAACCUGCGUACCAGCUCGCCGGACUUGAGUUCGACCAGACGGGAUCGAUUCCUGUUCGAGAUCAAUCUGAUUGGUCCAGAGAACAUGGUGGUGGCACUAAGACAGCAUCUGAUUGGCGCUAGGCCGCAGAGCUUCCCCGAGAGUACGGUGUUCAAAGUACCGCUAGAGUCGCACGUGUAAAGUGCUUUUGCAAGUGCCUUAGCAUAACUAAGGAGCAUUUCCGGUAGAUUGGAUAACUGAUAAAGAAAGAUAAGUAGAUAACUGGAAAGAGGAUAUAGUUAACAGUUGUAAUUGCCUGAUGUGUGUCUUGGCGUUUAUGGGCCUGAGUCUUUUCAAUGUAGAUGUUAUGCUUAACAGGACAAACCAAUGCAGUCGGUCUUGUAAACUAUCAUCUGCCCAACUUCAUUAAUUGUGUGCUGUUUCCUUUUGUUAGUUCAGUAAUCUACAUCUUCUGAUAUCCUCAUCAAUAGAAAUGCUCCAACGUUGGUAUGUGUUGGACGAUUCAAGUUAUUAAUCCAAAAUAUUUGUAUGAUUCCGGAUCAAAAGGCCAAAUAUAAAGGACCCUGCACAGAACAUAUGGAAAAUGGGACCCAGUCGAUGUGUCUAAAAAUUCAGUAUAUUUAUCACCUUCCCGGACAAAAGUGCUUAUGGAACCAAAUCAGCUUCUGAGAAAUAGGUGGAUGAGGUUGAAAAUUGUAAAUGUGCCUACAAAAUCGAUAUUAAGUUGCCUCAAGAAACCCAUUCAAAUGCAGCAUGAUACCUUCAUAAAAUAGCUGGUGCUAUUAAUAGAUACCAUCCUCCAAUUAUUAUUUAUGGGAGUGCUAAUUCUGCAUUAGCGCUUCAGCUGUUGGCAAAGCGCAAGAGUCAAACGUCGGGUUAGCGUUACAUCAAAUAGAAGGUAUCCCACAAGGAAUUCACUCAUGUUUUAAAAACCCAAUAAGGGGUCGAUUAUGAGUAUCUUACUGGCAAAUUUAUGAAAAUUACGAGGAGUUACUUAUUUACACCUGUUUUUUUAUACGCUUCCACGGAAGCUUGUUAUCUUUUGAAAAAGUUGACCCAAACUGUUCGAUAUGCCGGAAGCAAACCAACACAAAAAACUCAAAUUAAUAAUCAAUAAUGUCAAUACCCCAAAUCUAUGUUCAUAUUAGUGCGCAUUUUCUUUCUCUUAAGUCUUCAAAAUUAACUUGACCUUGAAUUGAUCUUGCAAAAGUCAUAAUCAAAAGGCAACUAAAUAACCACACCUUUUUCGUGCCCUUGUGAAGAACACUCUUGAGUGAUUUUCGAUUUGAGCCAGAUCCAUUUCAGUGUCAAUGGAUAAAAAUCAGGUUGCCAUUUAAUUGACCUUGUAGGGACCAUGGCCAAGCCCAACAUGACACCUUACAACACCUGAGAUCACGACCAACCCCAUUGUGGAGAUGUUGUGGCACUCACCAACAAACAGGUCCAUCUCUAUACGAAAAAUCGCAACAAUCUUCCUAAAAUGUGUUUAAAUAACCUUAUUUCAAUAUAUCAAUUCUCUAAGUAUUUGGUCGAAGAACUACAAACAGCAAAUCGAGCAAACUUUCUUUCCCCAUUUCUCAGAAGCUAAUCGUAGGAUUGUUUAAAUAUAUAUAUAUCACACUAAAUUCUUAGACAAAUCGACUGCGACCCAUUUUCAAUGUUUUUUUCAGGGUCCUUCCAAUGUCUAAACCCUAAGACUGUUUUCAACCCGUGAAGUCAAUAAACUUGGUAUGUGCAAGCUUGAAUCGUCCAUCAAAUAUGACCCUGAAACAAACAGACUGAUUCAUGUACUGAAUGUGCAAUAGAAAUGUGCAUUUUUUAAGGACGUCAAGGCACUUACCGUAGCAGCAACUGAUUGCACAGAAAUGUUUUGGAACCCCCAAGUAGUGCUAAUGUAUAUAUUUAUUAAAUGUGUAUAUUGAAUAAACCGAUUAAUUUGAAUAGCUACAAUUUUUACACGAUGCUGUGUAAAAUAAAUUUUUGGUACUAUGUACUACUGAAUGAUUUAAUGGAUGUAUUAUUUAAAGGAAAGAUUAUGUUUUUGACGAUAACCUGAAAAGUUGGGGAAAAGUUUCGUACAGUGUAAUUGACCUGCAUUUCACUCAUGCAAAGGAAAUUUUAAGUAGCAUAGGGAAAUGCUGCAGCACGGAUGAUUUAUUUUUGACGGGUAAACUUUGACAAAAUAUAAGAAUUUUUGGAUUCAUGCUUAAUUACUCUUUUUAUAAAGGAAUUUAAGGAAGUGAUUUCUGGACUUAUUUUAAGAAAGAAAAAAGUACGUAUGAACAUAUGUCCUACGUCUUAACUUUUGGGGUAUAUAGUGCGGUAAAGUAUUCAGAAAAAAAUCUGUAUUUUAUAAUAACGCUGAUACUAUUGUAGAUAUCUUUAUAAAAUCUUGUAUGCAUUAAAAUGAGUUUUCUGAUGUAGGCGCAAUUUUAUUAUUUCUACCAGUGGUGUCCGUGCGGGUUCUGAUUUGAAUAUAUUUGGCGAAAAAUGGUACGCCACUUUUUUCUCUUUAAAUAAAAACCAUUUUUGAAAUCUUAAUUCUGAGCAAAUUUAGACAAUGUUAAUUUUUUUUCGUCUGACUUAUGGUUUUCGCUUACAAAAAUAAAAACCGUUUUACCUCAAGGUCAAAUCACUAAAAAUCCAAUGCAGUGGUUAUACAUACCUUCGACAAGAAAAAAUAUUUUUAAGAAUUCUCAUUCAAUUUUGGACAAAUGUGAUCAUUUCCGCAAAGCAGUGACCGCAUGAGAUUUUUAGCGAUUUGACUCUGAAAUAACAUUUUUAUUUUUUAAAGCGAAAAUCAAGAGAUCAAAUUUGCUCGGAAAUGAAUAAGGAUUUCAAAAAUAAUUUUAGUUUAAAUAAAAGACAGUGGUGCACCAUUUUUUCUCCAAAGAUGUUCAUUACAAGACUCGUACGGACGCUACUGUUGGAAAUAAUAAAAGUGUUUGUACAUGAGAAAACCCACCUUAACACAUAACAGAUGUGUACCGAAUUUCUGCAUUGUAUCUGCAUUUCAAGACAUCUAUGGAUACAUCAUACUACUAUUCCUAUUUUUUUUUUACAAAACUGCCAUCAUCUAUAUCUAUCCAAAUUGAAUGAAUCACACUGCAAUGUCUGCGUGAAAUGAUUUAAAACCGUAUCGUAUGUUCCAAAAUGUUACUGAGCAACUUACAGUGAAUAUUAAUUAGUUAACUCUUAUUUAUAUACACAUUAAUUUUGUAGUUAUUUGUAUAUUCAGCAUGAACUUUUUGUACAGCUCGUCAUACCAAACUGUCCAUUCCGAAAUGGUUCUGGUGUGAUAUGCUGUUCGAUAAGUUAGCCAAUUAUUCAAAAUGAAUCAUAGAGCAGUAAUUGUGAUAUUUUACAAAACAUAUUUAAUUAUAACAGCUUACAAAGCUAAUAUUAGAGUGAAAUAUACAUUCAUUUGAUGUUAACACGUGUAAAUGGGUUGGUGUACUUCAAAGAUGAUGAUUAUUGAAUUUCUCACAGUGAAUGAUUAUCGUAUGUAUCGCAUUUAUUUGUUAUUUUUUAGUUCGCUUCUUUAAAUGUAUUGUGAUUCUAAUAAUAAUUCCAAGUGGAAGCAAGUGAAUUUGUGAUAAAACGCUAGUUUAGGCUUUGUACAUAUUCUUUAAUUUCUCUCAAUGGACAGUCGCAAAAUUUAUUAGAACAUACUAGUAAAGGUUUUGAAAAUGUUAUUGGUGUUUUUAGUUCGAUCUUCCUGAAAUUUUUAUUGAGCCAGAAAUUUUAUGGGAUUAAAAUUUUAUUCUAAAAUCGCUUUUUGAACCAUAUGCGGUUGCGCGUAAAUAAUUUUGGAUUCUGAGAAAAUUUGAAUGACCAUGAGAAAGUUGUGGGAUCUUUAAUGUAUUGUUCGUCAAGCGCGGUCAAUGACCUCCUUGAAUCUCAAUUGAGAAAAGAUGAAUUAUUUGAAAACUAACAUCCAAAUAGUAAUUUUUGAUAGCAUAGAUUGAGCAAAUUAGAAAUAAUUUAAAAACAAUAAUAGGAAUUAUAAAAUUCAAUGGUGAAAAAAAUAUUGGCACACUGAAAUAACAACCGACUAAAGAAGCAUUAACAAAAUUUAUUUACAGUUAGUACUUUGUUGUCAUACCCUUUACAUCCAUGAUGACCUGAAGCCAUCGUGGCAUGGAAAUUCUUUAUUAUUUCUGGUCCAAUUAGACCGCAUUCCUGUAUAAGGAGUAUUAGUUUGUCAGACAUUUUAUUUUUUGCUUUCAGGCCCUGCAAGUGCCUGUUUGAGUUAUUGCGCAAAUGUCAAACAAAGUACUAACUGUAAAAACCUUUUUUAACAUUUAUUUACUUCUUUGUUUCUUUAGUAUACCAAUAUUUUUUUGACCCAUGAAUUUCGUAAUUCCUAUUAUUGUUCUUAUAUUAUGAAAAAAAAUAGUGUGCCAACAAUUUUUUUACCCACUUUAUAUUCGCGCUAUGGGGAAAAUUACUGAGUCAAGCUACUCGGAUCCAUUUUCUUACAAUGGAAUAUGUGUGGCACCACAUGACUUCAAAAACAUCAUCAGGAUGAUGAUUUCUGAGCUUCUUCAAAAUUAGCUGAAUAAAAUUUGCAGUGUCCUUUGAAACAUUCUUUAUCUUAGAGCGUCAAGUGUAGAACUAUAGACCAGUCAAUUGCAUUACAUUGUAAAUAAUAAUAUUGCAAUGGUGGGUUUAUAGAAAUGUCCCAUUACUUUGUCACUCGCAAAUCACUAGAAGCACUAUGGAAUUCAAUCACGAGAGAAGUAAUUCCUAACAAGAUAAAACAGCAGAUUAUAAUCGUGAGUUUCUCGGUGAAGAAGUGAUGGUGAUUCUAUAAACUCAACGUUACCGGAAUAUAUCCUAUACAAUAUAGUUCAUUUUCAAUGACGUUACAUUUUCGUUAGUAUAUCUGACUUUGAGACAAGCAUUAGAAUGGUACUCUGGACUUUAUCAUCGUAAUAAUGUAUUGAAAGAAAGAUUCUUAGAGCGGACGCCGCAUGGAAUUGAGUGUGCUAGAUAUAAGGGCCGCACUUCAUGAACAGAUAUCAACUGACAAGAGGUCAAAGUAUAAUAAUCGGGAUCUUGUCCAUGUCCAGCCACCUUUUGGUCGAUAUUUUUUUAAUCCCCUUCCCUCUAAAAUCAUUUUUGGCUGACAAUUUUCUUCCGAUUUCUCGGAUCAUUCUGAAUAAGGAAGGUUCUUAGUAACUUUCCUCUAAAGUAAAGCUCCGAGUAUAAACCAUUUAAUGUUUGAAAACCCCCUCAAAUGCUCAGCUUCAAUGAUUAAAAACUCUGUUAAAAAUAAUUAUUUUUGAGGUGCGCAAGUAUCUAAAUUAAAGCCAAAACCUCACCCUACAAGACCCCUAAGACCGCUCAAGCUACUUUUUUAUAACGAUUUAAGAGGAGAGGAGAAUAAAAAAUAUCGAACAAAAUGUGGCCCGGCAAGAUCCGUAUUAUUGUUCUUUUUUCUCAGUUGAUAUCUGCUCAUAAAGUGCGAUCCUUACAUUUUGCACAGUCAAUUCCACUCACAGCCUGAUCUAUUCUUCGACACGAUAGUAUGCUUUAAAUACAAUUUUUUGCUAUAUUCUUAGCGAACAAUUCCACAGAGUAAACAAAAUUCGCUUGUCCUCUAGUCAUGUGUUCGAUAAUAUUCUAUUGAUUGGUCUGGUAGUGUCUGUCUCCAUAUGAACCUAUUAGCCUUAAACUUACAGGGUCGACAAUGUAUACCUUAAAAAGUGUUAAGAUCCUUGCCCUGUAAAAAAUACCAACGGUGCAAUUUUACUAAAAUUAGUGUUUACAUCGGGCGUUCUUGAAACAUAAUUUUGUUUUAUUUGCAGUAUUAGUAUAAAUACUGUGCCAAAAAUUAUCAAAUAAUCUAGCUGAAAUAACCUGAAAUCACAGCUGAUUUCGUAAAUACGGAAUAAUUUGCGAGUUGGUGUAAAGAAAACAGUGAAGAAAGUCUUAAAAGCUAGGCUGUUUGUAUCUCUUGCCUGUUAUUGUUUUUAUAGUUUUAAGUACAAAAAUUGUAUGUGUUGUUGUAAUUUGUGAAAACUGUAAAUAUAUUUUCAAAUUAUGCACUUAA